AUGGAGAAUUCUGAUCAAGACAACCAGAUCUCUGAAAAUCUCAGCAGUCCGUCGGCCCCUGGAACCACAUUUGAUAAAGUCUUCAAAGGAUACAGGGGAAUCACGGCGUCAUUGAAGAGCGUCGUCUUCAAGGCACCAUUUCGCCGAUUCUCAUAUCGUUGGGAACGCCUCACCAAGUUCCUCGAGCAUCAGAGGCAGAAAGACCCCGAGUCUGCUGCAUUCUUUCAGCUGCUAUACGAUCCGGUUGAUGCAGAGCCCCGUGAGAGUGGCUACAAGUAUAUUGUCGAGGCAUUCGUCAGUGGGCAGAUGCGCGACAAAGGCGGGUUUGACGAAAUUGUCGAGGGGAAAGGAGUCAGCAUUGUCCUGUUGCUGGCCGGCAAUCCUGGCACGGGGAAAGCGUUGACCGCAGAGGCCAUAGCCGACAAAGUGAGGCGGCCUCUUUACAUGCUGGGUGCGGGUGAGCUUGGCAAAGAUGCCUACGAUGUUGAGAACCGCCUGAAAACUGUUUUGAGGCUCGCUGAGGGGUGGAAGGCCAUCCUGCUCUUUGACGAGUGUGAUGUGUUUCUGCAGCAGCGCCAGACCAGUCAGCUGGGACACAACGAGAUUGUCGCCUUGUUUCUUCGCAUGAUUGAGCAUUAUCGCGGCAUUCUCAUCAUGACGUCGAAUCGCGCCAACACGAUCGACCAAGGGUUCCACAGCAGGAUUCACCCAACGCUGCACUAUCCAGAACUGGAUGCGAAUGCAAAUGAGCACAUCUGGAGACGGCUUACGUCGCACUCGCAGCAAGGAAACGGCUUGACAGACGAGCUGUACCGGCGGCUCGCACAACUGCCUCUGAACGGGAGGCAGAUCAAGAACGUGAUCAAAGAUUGCGACGCUGCUCGCUGUGCAUGGAGAGACCCAGCUGGGUUUGCAGCAAGUCCGCACGGUAAUAAAGGCAACAAUGGGAUUGGAUGCUAA